GUGGUUCCUUGAAAUGCUUGUUAAAGUGAAUGGUGAAAGUAUUACAUGUACAAUAUACUGUGUUAAAAAAUUGAUGCGUUCUAAUCUGAAGACAUUAGCAAUAAUAUAUAUCAAUGUUUUUUUGCUCUGAAGUAGAAGAAAAAUUACAUUUGAAUGAUGCUGCUACAAAUUGUAUUGAUAUCUUGUGUUGUGAAGUCGUCGUUAUCUUUAUCAAGCAAUAUGUGUCCUGGGGAUACUUUGACAUUGAAAUGUCGGGAAAAUCAUAAACUGGAUAUUAUGAGUGUUGCUCUCAUUUCCACUGGACUCGAAUGCGAGCCAGAAGAUGGUUCAAGUGAAAAAUUUUAUCAUAAUUGUUCGUCGAAUAAUAUCUACAAUUCUGUAGUCGAAAGAUGUUACGAUCUUUCAACCUGUGUUCUUACAAAAUCAACAGUUUUGACUCAAUAUUGUAAUUGGCCAUUUAAUAAGAUAUUGAAGAUUAUCUAUCAAUGUCAGAAAGCAAAUACCUGCCCUCGUGAAGUUUUGGCGAUCAGUACUCAACGAUACUCAAGAAAUUUGCAUCGCAGACCUGCUGCAUGGUGCCUUGAUGCCAGUCAACAAUCAGGCUCUAUCUAUCUUAUGCCAUGGGCUCAACAUGGGGAAACAAAAGCUGUUUAUGGAUUUAGUACUUUAAAAUCAUUUGUGAUGGGACAUCCAUCAAGUAUUUACCGACUUCCAGUUGCUGCCGCGGGUACGAGUCUUGUUGCGUACAAAGGUUAUUUGUAUUACAUCAAAAAUAGGACAAGGGACCUCACAAAAUACAGUUUGGAAAAUCGCAGAAAGAUUGCAGAAAAGUCCAUUGAUGAUGCAUUGUAUAACCAUGAGAUAGACUAUUCAGGAUUGAUGGGGAGUAGUGAUAUAGAUCUUGCCAUCGAUGAAAAGGGAUUGUGGGCAAUAUAUACUACGGAUCAUAGUGAAGGAAAUCUUGUUAUCUCAUUUAUUGAUGCAGAUGACUUGACUAUUCUUUCAACUUGGAUUACUGAUAUCCCUAAAAAAGAAGUUUUGAAUGCUUUCAUGGUUUGUGGUAAUCUUCAUGUCAUCAAUAACAAAACAAGACGUAUGUAUAAGAAGUAUGAUACAGGAUCUGGUAAAACAGUGGAGAUUCCAACUGAUAUUAACAUUACAUUACCAUGGCAAGAAACAACAUCGGUUAAUUACAAUCCACGGGAUAAUACAUUAUAUGUAUGGAGUACUUCACAAGCUAUCAUAUUUACUUUGGACUUAAAAACUAGCAACGAAGUAAUUGCGACAAAUAUUCAACAAUCUUCUUCAAUACAACAUGAUUAUGAUCAUGAACGAUUUCCUACCACUACAAUGAUAAAGAAUGAUUCUACAAAGUCAACUAAAGCUCCAACUGAACCAGUGCAUGAAUUCAUGAAACCAUCACCCAUGAAUUGUCCAGAGAGAAUUUAUGACGAUGUAUUAUGGCCUGAAACUGCACCAGGGAAAACAGAAAAGAAUUACUGUCCUAACGGAGCUAGAGGAUCGUCAAGCUGGACUUGUAUGAUUGAUCAUAUGAAUGGAAGCCACUGGGAAGAAAGGGGACCCAGUUUUGAUAAUUGUGCCGCAUGGACAAUUGAAAUUGAUAAACAACUACAACAAGAAAAUUCUUCCAUUGUUGUUCAUAAAAUUGCACAACAAUUAUCAGAUGUUGUUGUAGCUUUGAAACAACGCGAAACACGGUUCAGAGCUGAAGAUCUUCAACAUAGUACAGAAAUCAUGAAUGAAAUUACAAAUAUUGCCAAAAGUUUUUCAAGUUUUGAAGAUGAUUUUAAUAUUACACAAGAAGGACCAGGUGAAAUUAUAGAAACGGGAGACAGAGAAAAAUUUGCACAACUUAAUCAGGCACUCCUACAUUCUGGAAGUGACCUGGUUGAUGAAAGCAUGUCUGAAACAUGGAAUGAACUUGAGGAAAAUGAAAAAUUGAAGAUUGGAAAUGUUAUUAUAAAAAGUAUCGAAGAAACUGCUUUCUUACUUGCAAUACAAGAUGAAAAAAUGUUGGAAGUUGACGAAAAUAACAAUAUCAUUUCUCAUUUUGCUGAAGAAAAUAAUAUUUUACUUGAAAUUCAAGUGCAGAAGAUUGAUGAUAUCAAAAAUAAAUCUAAUAAUGCGGUUACUAAGGAUGUUGCUUUUCCGAAUUUCAAGUUUCUCCAUGAAACAAAUGAUUGGAAGAAUAUCACUGAUUCAAUCACAAUAUCUUCACAAGAUAUUGAGAAUAACCAAGUCAACGGAACUACAAAAGUUGUGUUUGCGAUGUACAACGGACUAGCAGAACUUAUCAGCCAACGAACAAUCAUUGAUGAAGAAAACAAUUUUCAAGAUUAUUCAAAAGUUAAUUCUAAAAUAAUAUCAGCAACGAUACAAUCCACUGAUCAUUCAACUAAACUUAAACAACCUGCAUUAAUUACUUUGGAACAUAUUCAGCCUUCAAACCAGAGUCAUGUAUGUGUUUAUUGGAAUACUAAAGCAAAGAAUUUAUCCGAAAAUUGGUUGUCAGAUGGCUGUACUUUGGUGAGCACCAACUCCUCUCACACAGUAUGUUCUUGCGAUCACCUGACCAGUUUUGCCGUGCUUGUCAAUCAUCAAGGUUUUAAAUUAGAUCAGCAUGUGGAAAUAUUAGAUUUAUUAACAUGGAUUGGACUCUCUAUGUCACUGUUCUGCCUGGCAUUGAGUAUAGUGACCUUCAUGUAUUUCAGAUCCUUACAUUGCACAAGAACAACAAUCCACACUAAUUUGUGCAUUUGUCUGUUUUUGUCACAACUUAUAUUUGUUGCUGGGAUUGACCUCGUCAAAUUUCCAAUAUUAUGCUCAGUUGUGGCAGGAGCUUUGCAUUAUUGUUUUCUUGCUACAUUUGUGUGGAUGGCAUUGGAAGGUUUUCAACUGUACGUUAUGUUGAUUGAAGUAUUUGAGCGAAAUACAAACAUGGCUUGGUAUUAUUCAAUUGGAUAUGGCAUUCCUGCAAUCUUCGUUGCAUUAUCUGCUGGAUUGAAUCCCGUUGGAUAUGGUACUGACACUGCAUGUUGGCUCAACACUGACAUAGAUGAUACAAUUGGAACGAUAGGUGGAUUCACACCAUUCAUCUGGGCUUUUAUUGUCCCUGCAACAUUGGUUGCAGUAGGAAAUGUCGCAUUUCUUUUUCUAACAGGGAUCACAAUGUACAGGCAUGGAAGGAAAUAUAUAUUUUAUUCAAAGUUACGCGCAAUUCGGAGUGCACUUCGUGGAACUUGUGCUUUACUUUGUUUACUCGGAACAACAUGGGUGAUCGGCAUCUUAUGGUGGUGGGAAAACAUGAUUACAUUGCAAUAUUUAUUUUGUAUAUUCAACGCCUUUCAAGGAGUUUACAUAUUUGUAUUUCAUUGCUUGAUGCACAAUAAGGUUCGUUAUGAAUACAGAAAAUUUUUUUCAAAAUGCGUUGGUGAGAAUUACACAGAUUUAUUAAAUUCUACAUCUUUAACAAUGAAAUAUACUGGAAUGAGACGACGUUCUUCACAAUUAUAUUUUGGACAGAAAAGGAAAAAUUCAUCCAGUUUUAAAGGAAUUGUUCGUCCUAAUUUUGAUGAUAAAGUACAAUUGAGAAGAGGAUCAUAUGCGACAAAAACAAAUUUCAAUGAAGCGUCAAAAUAUUUCACACCACAAGAUCGUGCAUCUAUGCAGAUAUUAUUGACCAGGCGAGACAGUGUUGCCAGCCCACAAGCGAUGAAUUUUUCAACCAUGCCUGAUGCUCCACCCACACCACACCCUCGUACAUUCUCAACUCGUUCUUGUCCAGGAAUUAAAAUACAGUGUGGAUCGUACAACAAUCAAAUAUCAGAACCUUUGAAGAGGUGUCUUUCAGAAAGGCGAUAUUAUCGAGGAAAAUACAAUGUACCAGUAAGUGAAGGUGUCAGUAGACUGUUAAAAUCUGCUAGUUCAACACAUAGCUUGGUUGUGCCAAGCAGGUAUUUAACACUAGGGCAGACAGAUGAUGAAUCCGGGACACCAACAAAUUCAGAAAUCAAACUAACAAGCUCAAGUUUACCAAAAGAAGUUUCAAUCAAUCAUAGACCUCGAAUGGUGUUACCAUUGCUUCCACCAUCUGGGCCAAAUGCACCAAUAAAAGAAUUUAAACUUGUGGACAAAAGAUUAGCAAAAUUUCGUCGAAUGAAUUCAUCAUCAUCACCAAUGUUGGGCCGCUCGGCAUCAUUAAAUGCUGCGGAGAAAAAGCGAAGAGAUUUGAGAAAACUGCAGAUGGUUCAUCCUCAACUUGCACAUGCAUCAACAAGCGUACCGGACUUGAUGUCUCAGUUGAGUGCUAAAAUUGAAAGCAGAGAUAUAUCUCAAGUUUUAUUGAUGUAUUUGGAUAAAGAUGGGACUUUGAAUAGACAGAAAAUAAAGGAAGCACAUAAUAAAGACAAUAAAGACUAGGAAUAUAUAAUUCACAUCACAGAGAGAUGGAGGUAAAUGCAGAUGGAGCAAGAUUGGAUUGGUGUCUUCCAUGUUAUUCAUUGAACAUGAGGUAUACCUACGAAUUGCUCUGCAACUAAUGCAGUAAUCGAUUUCACAUUUUCAGUACUUGAAGUCACUAGAAUCUAGUGAUAACUAAGAGACUUGAUGUUCCACAAAAAAUUUUACUAUUUUUACUCCAACACAUACUGUAGUCAAUCGGUCGAUUUACUGACAAACCGGUUUUCAGCUAAUGGAUAAGGCCUUACUAACACAGAUGGAAAUCGCUAUGGUGAUGAUACUGAUGGAAAUAAUCAUUUGACAGAUUUCUGUUUCUGACAUUGGCAAUUGCUGUUAGUCAUUUGACCUUUGUGUCCCAUGUUCGUUCAUUACACUUUAGUUUCUGGUAUAAGGCAAUAUGAUUUUUUCAAAUUUCAACAUAAUACCUUUUCCAGAGAUGAAAAUAUUUCGAUUCCUUAGGGAUUUUCGCCUAUUCUAGUAUUUAUAGCUGAUCUUAUGUAUCUUGUAUUCUCCAAUGCAAAUGGUGUGUGCAGCCCCACUCGUAAAGGACAAUUUUGUCAAUAGCAUUGUCUUUGUAGUUUUACUGUUCCAUUUUUUUAUCAAUGUUUUUAUUUGUAAUAAAGGUGCCUAGAAUGUGA